GGACGCGCACCUGUCACGCAUAUAUACGCAGCGCGGCCGCGGUGGAGCGCACUUUUUGUGCUUGAGCCUGAGUCGGUGGAAAGUCUGCUCUCGGCGCGUGCGGAAAAUAAUUUUCGGAGAGGAAGCCUGACGAGACGAGUUACGCGAAUCCGCCAUGCCUGGACGCCCACUCUGGCAGGUUGCUGGCAAGCGCGAGGCAAGCCAGGAAGCUGAAGCUCAACAAUGGAUGGAGACUGUAAUUGGCGAGAGAUUUCCACCACAUUUGAGUUAUGAAGACGCUUUGAGAGACGGCGUUCUGCUCUGCAGGCUCAUGAACAAAUUGCAACCUGGUUUGAUUUCCAAGAUCAAUACAUCUGGUGGAGAUUAUAAAAUGAUGGACAAUCUUAAUCAAUUCCAGAAAGCCUGUGUGAAAUAUGGCGUACCUGACGUUGAUCUCUUUCAAGCUGUUGAUCUGAUCGAACGUAAAAAUAUCGCUCAAGUGACAAACACCAUCUUUGCUAUCGGACGAACGACGUAUAAGCAUCCCGAAUGGCGCGGUCCUUGGCUCGGCCCGAGACCAGCGGAGGAGAAUAAAAGAGCUUUUACAGAGGAACAGCUAAGGGCUGGCGAAGGACUCAUCGGUCUUCAAGCUGGUACCAACAAGGGAGCUACACAAGCCGGGCAAAACUUCGGGGCUACGCGAAAGAUACUUCUUGGAAAAUAAUUUAUAGAAUUUACAUUUUUUUAUUGCCGUUAGAAAAUAUUCUGUUUGCAAAAUGUAUUUUUUGAAUGUCAUCAUAACUUAAAAUUAGGAAAAUGAAGUGUUUACAGUGUUCAGUGCUUAAACGAGCGAACUAAUAAUUUAUAAUUCUUUACAAUUAUAUAUUUAUAAUUCUUCUACAAUUAGAGAGAACGUGAAUAUCUUUACAGACAUUAAAGAAAAUUGAACGCCAAUGAAUAUCAACGUACAAAUGUAUCAGGCGUGUUAAUUAUUUCAUGUCUUAUAAUAUGAAUAUUUAUUUAUGACAAAAUGUAUUUCAUGAAGUAAGCAAUACACGAGAGCAGUGCAUCGAGA